AGCACUUCGACUUCUUCUGAAACAAUAGAAAAUCCUUUGAUCAAUGACCGGUGGACGAAUAACAUAAACUAUAGGCAACUCGUAAUGUCGUCUUGUAUUGGUAUAGUACAAGUGUGGUGGCACCCUUACUUACACGACAUGAAAAAAUUCAUACCUUUCAUAUUCCUAUAUAAUAUUCUGAGUGUAAUCUUCGGCUACCCGCUCAUGUAUUUGGAGUUAGCUCUGGGUAUCGUUACAAAGAAAAGUGCUAUCAAUUGCUGGGAUUUGGCGCCAGUGGCUCGAGGCGUGGGUUUCGCAAUGCUGGCGUGCUGCGCGCUGACGGCGUUUGUGUCAGGAGCGGUGAGCGCGUGGUGCCUAGCACUGCUGGUGCACUCGGCGCACGCCUUCCUGCCCUGGCUGCACUGCGCCGCCACCGCGCAGCCAGCAUGCGCCGCGCGACACCGACCCCUACCGGAGGGCAGCGAGACUCCGGCGCAGUCGUUCUUCUUUAAUUUCAUCUUGAACCUGAAACGUGAUGGGCUGAAGGGCGGGCUUGGCAGUGUGGUGCCGGAGCUGGCCGUCUACUACGUCAUCAGCUGGUUGCUCAUAUACUUCAUCGCAUUCAAACGUAUAUACAGCUACUCUAAAUUGGUACUUUUCAAAGACGUGCUGACCUACUUCGUGUUACUGGUGUGCAUGCUGGGUGCGACACGGCUCUCGGGCGCCGCCGCCAUGUUCAAUGAGUGCGACUGGAGUGUGCUGCUAGAUGGCACGCAGAUAUGGCGCGAUGCUCUCGAGUACUCGUUGGUCCAGAUGUCCAUAUCCCAAGGCGUGCUGGUGAUGCUGGGCUCGUAUUGCCCGAAGGCACCACACCGAUUGGCCACCACAGCACUCCUCACCUUCCUCGUCGCAAAGACUAGCUGCAUGGGCAGUGCGCUGCUGCUGGGCGCGGCGCACGGAGCACUGCGCACUGACUACGAUAACGAUACCAAUGUGUGGAGCGGUUCGUCAUCAUCAAUAAUACUAUGGGCAGACUACGUAGCGAGGAUACCGGGCAGUCAGUUUUGGUCGGCUCUCGUCUUCUUCACACUGUUUGUCCUUUCAGUAUCCACCACGGCUCUAAUGCUACAAACAAUAAUGUCAACGUUCACGGGUCGCUCCAUACGUAAGAUAUCGUGGGCGUUCCUUGUCGCUAUCUGUGUACUGUUCUGUUUUAUUGGCGUUAUGACGAUUUGCACACAGGGUGGUCUCUACAUCCUAAACUUCCUAAUAUCAUGGCCGGUAUCAAAAGUGCGUGCGCCGAUAGCUGCCGUGGUGGCCCUUGUUAUCAGUUACACGUACGGACAGACCACAUUUUGCGACGAGAUAUAUUUCGCAGUCGGCGAGUACCCCUGCAUGUUUAUGAGGAUAAGUUGGGCUCUAACACCUUUACUGUUAUUCGUGGCAUUAACUGGCGUGGGAUCUCUGUCAACAUUCGAAGCGACCGCGGGCUUUGUGUCACUCGGCCUGUGUCUGGUGGCCAUUCCUAUCUUUGUUAUUUUCUACUUCGUUUUCAGAUGCAGAGUAAGGAAUAUCGUGGAUGAUGCAAAAUGAUGCUGUAA